AAAUCAUUUCCCUACCAAAAGAUUUACAGUAAACUUCAUAAUUACCUUCACAACUUCAUUCCAUCUGAAUCAGAUCCAUUCACAAUACGUAUGUCCAAGUGUACGUAGUUUUAAAAUCAAGAAAUUCGCCUUGGUAAAGAACUGAACUAUCAAAAUUUGGGUGGUUGGGAAAAACGGUCAACUCCAUUCCCAGCCCAGCAAUUUAUUUAGAGCCAAAAAAAGAAAAAGUUCAGCCAUCGACAUUUUGAAUAAGUGGUAUUCCCACCCACACAUUUCUGUCCUGUUGCAGUUUCUCUUCUUUUCCAUUCCUCAAAAGAAUUACUUCCAUUCCAGAGAUACCUUUUCGAAAUUUGGUUUCAUCUAUAUCGAUACCGAUAAUUCAUAUCGAUAAGAAUUUCGGGAGUAAACCUCUACAUUCGUUUGAACCGAGACGACCUUUGCGAUUAGAGAGGAUAUACAUACAUAUUGUACCUUCGAAGUGGUAGUCUUGUCGAAAGUGGGGUUUGGACUUUUGGAUUGGUCAUUGAUCUUUGAGCUAUUUUACUUCACACCGCUGCUGCAUGUGAAGGACUCAUUCAGUACCUGAAGAUCUUUCUUUUUUUGCUGGAGGAUAGAGAAAGAAGAAGAGUCAAUAAUCAAGAGAUUGAUUGAUUUGACAGUACAUACGAUUCUUUUUGUUGUACAAUCUUUUUACGCGUUAAUUGCUCAUAUCUACGACUUAUCAUACACAAUCACCUCACAUCACAUCACAUCACCUCACAACCGACACAAUGCGACUUUCCCAAGCACAACCACAAAUCCUUUCACUUCUCCUCCUCACCAUCUUUCAUUCCUCACCACUAUCCGCUAGUCCUUUACCUAAAGAUGAGCUCUACGACCUUGGUUUGUCCUACCUCAUGGAGCGAACCUGCGCUAGCCCCUGCGGAGCAGAUAGCCAAUACUGUUGCGCGGCCGGCGAUGCCUGCUACACCUCCUCAGGCGACAUAGCAUACUGUUCGGCAUCAAGCACUGCAGGCUGGGCCGUCUUUACAACCACCUACACCAAAACCGGUUUACAGGUGGGAACCAGUACAUACAGUUCGUACACGGCAGCCACCACCUCCAGCGGAAGCGCCGCCAUCUGCGAUACUACUGUAGGUCAAACAUCUUGUGGACCUAUUUGUUGCGCUAGCGAUCAAAUGUGCGAGUAUAGCGGGCAAUGCACCGGGAGAACUUCACUUUGGACUUACACGACUACUACUUCUGGCACGUAUUCAGCACCAUUGCGUCCGACGAGCGGUGCAUCCACCAAGACGAAUACAGUGAGCGCUACGACUACAGAGCCAUUUAUUCCUCCUGCUACUGCGAGCGGAAGUACCCUCCCACUUACGGGUGCCAGCUCGAAUAAUCUGAGUGCAGGUGCUAUUGCGGGGAUUGUCAUUGGCACCAUUCUAGGAGUUAUUCUACUCCUGCUUUUGUGUUUCUGCUGUGUAGUCAAGGGACUCUGGGACUCUGUUCUUGGAAUUUUUGCCGGCGGCAGAAGAUCCCGUAGACAGGAAGGUGGAGCUGUGAGAACGCGUAUUGAAACUGUAGAGCGAAUUUCGCGACAUUCGCGUCAUGGGUCUGCGGCGGGUGGAGCGGCUGCUGCUACUUAUAGGGAACAGCAGACUGGAUUUUUUGGGGGUGCAAGGACGGAUAAACCGAUGAGGGUUGUGGAGACGAGGAAGAAGAAGAGUAGUGGGAUGGGGGGAUUGGGUGCUAUGGGUGCGGGAUUGGUGGGGAUGGCUGCGCUGUUGGGUUUGAAGAAGAAGGAGGAUGGGAGGAGGGAUGAGAAAAUGAGACCGGGGCCUACGGCUACGGAGACGGAUAUUGGUAGUACUUAUUAUACGGAUAGUUAUACGGCGACGAGCGUUAGUGAGUAUUUCCCUUUCCUUUUUUUUUGUAAGAUGGAAUGAAGUUUUUGGAUAGUGACUAACGAGUUGCGUUUUUCUAGGUUCAGAAAGCUCGGAUAGGAGAUCGAGGAGUCCGAGGAGAGAUAGGAGUGCAAGGAGAUGAGGAUGCAUAAUUUUGCUUCUUCUCUCCUUGUUCUUAUUCUUCAGAAAUGAGAGAUUUCUCAUCUCGUUACUCAUUCCAUCGUUGAUUGAUGAGGAUAUACUAUCCUCUCAUGUCUCAUUUCUACGAGAGAUUAUCCCUCUACGCAUUUGUGGGAGUAAAAUCUACGAUAUAUGAUACUACUUUACAAAUACGAAGUUAAAGAUUUUUUUGGAAGUUUUCAAGGUUUUCUUUUGAACUUGUUUUUUUUUUUAUCGAUAUGCAUUAGCGGUUUCUGAUACAUUUUUCUGGCGUUGGGUUGGUUUUGGUUUUCUUUCUUUCUUUCUUUCCGUAUUAGAAGGAUGCGGAAGAGAAGGGGGGAAGAGGAUGUGAUGUAGUGAGCAUUAGAAGAGCAUUGGAGAAUGCAGAGAGGAGAGAGUAUGAAGAUGAGGAUGAAGAUGUUAGGGAUGUAUUUUUAUGAUUUGAUAUGAGGGAUGAUUUGAUAUGAUUCGAUUUGACAGGGAUGAUAUGGAUGGAUGGAUGGGAGGCUAGUUAUCAAUCAUAUGAUAUGAUAUGUGAUGGGGUAUCAAUGGGGUUGGUUGGUGGGAUAAUAGGUUGGGGUUGGGGGAUAUGAAAAGGAAUGGAUGCAUGAAUAUGAAUAUGGAUGUGGAUGUGGACUGUGGUGUAUAUACUUGGUACAAGUACUUGGUGUUGGCACUUACCUACUAUAUGAAUACGAAUAAUCUUACGAUUAUGAUCAACCAUGCCGGUAGCAAGUUGGGGAAUGAAAUAUACUAAAUGGAAAAUUUUAAGA